CACGUGGCUUGGUUCAUAACGAGGCUAUCUGAAAAUUCGCCAUUUUCACUUAUUUUUUAAAUAUUUCCACCUUUGACACAUUUUCUAGAGCAAACUGUUACAAUGUCGAAACCUGAACAAGUGCUGAACAUAGAUCCGCCAGUAGAGCUUAACUUUAAAGGGCCUUUUACUGAUACAGUGACGGCUGAAUUGAAGUUAAAGAAUCCUUCGGAGAAGCGAGUAUGUUUCAAAGUGAAGACCACAGCCCCCAAACGCUACUGCGUACGGCCAAACAGUGGUAUCAUAGAGCCAGAUACAGAAGUGACAGUUUCAGUAAUGCUUCAACCAUUUGACUAUGAUCCUAAUGAAAAGAAUAAACACAAAUUCAUGGUUCAGACAAUGUUUGCUCCCGAUGGUGCUUCGGAAAAUACAGAUAGCUUGUGGAAAGAGGCAACUCCAGAUCAGCUUAUGGAUUCCAAAUUAAAAUGUGUAUUUGAACCUCCUGCAGAGUCUGCACAGAAUAACUUAGAUGCCAAUAUUAGUACAGAUGACAAUGUCAGACCAGCAUACACAAAGGGCUCUGUAUCACCUGAAAAAACUGCAUCACCAAAGGCAAAUAAUUUGGAGUCUGAGCUUAGGAAACAGGCUGAUGAGACACAAAGGCUACAGCGAGAAAUCAACUUGUUAAGGACAGAAAAUUCAUCUCUUAAGGAUGAAGGUGUGCGUCUUCGCAAAGUAGCAAUGUCGGACACCGUAUCAUCAACGCCCCCUGCCCCUACCCGACAAAUUGUACAGCAGCAACAAACAAGCAACAGCUUCCCUCCAGUCAUUUACCUAAUAGCUGCGCUUCUACUGGGAAUCAUCAUUGGACGAUUUAUCCUAUAGACUCGCCCCUGUGUGUGUGUUGGACCUGCAAAACCUGUACAAAUAUUAAGAAAUCACAUGUACAUGAUAAAUUACAUGUAAAUGAUCAGUUCGCGCCUCGGAUAAAAUCUCAUUAGGGUCAUGCUUAUUUCAUGCUAUUUUUCUCUAAAUUUUGAAUAAACCACUGAAUUUUUGUCAGGUUUCCAUACAAUUUGGGGUGUUGGCUACAUGUCUGUGUACAUUAUUCCUUGCUUUUUCCAGAAUUUUUCACAGAAUUUUGCGUUUUGGAACAUGACCAUGAUGAAUUUUUAUCCAUUUGGCUGG